AUGGAUGUUCCUUUUCUUUCGGAUUAUUUCUUCUAUCCGGAUUCCAAGUCCAAGGAAUACAAGGACUGUCGUCAGAAUACCACUAACAAGUUCGGCGACAUCAUGGGCUGGGUAUCUGUGGCAUUCCUUGUCAGUAUAGCAUUCCAGAACUAUUUAUUGGCUACAGGGCGUUGGUAUCUUAACAAAGUACAUGUCCUAGGGCCCAUCAACAAUUUCUGUGGUCGUUUCACGUCUGGGAGCGGGCGUGUCAGUUUCUUUCGUCGCAUGCUUCGGGGAGCCGCUAGAGUGCUCAAAGACACUGCUUAUGUUUCUUACUUGAAUCUCCAAGCCAUCACGCAGAUUGUCCUUUGGUCAACUGUUUUUGCAGUUUUAGCUCUCCUGGAUAUCAACAAUGGCGAUUUAAUUUUCUUGGCGAAGCGACUUGGUCGCUUGUCUGUUGUCUCCUUACCCACGGUAUUCUUCUUGACCAUAAGACCAUCGCCCUUACCAAACACGCUUUACUUGAGUCUACUUCCCGUUCAUAAGUGGCUUUCUCGUGGUGUUAUUGUGCUUGCUAUUAUCCACACUUUCUUGUAUCUAGGUUUUUUCAGCAAGAAUGGUACUUGGAACAAAGCUUGGAAGCGGGAGAACCUCUACGGCUGGGGAGCUUUAGCUGGCUUUCUUAUGAUAAUCGUCACUUCUUUACUGAAGGUGAGGGAUCGCAGCUAUAAGUUGUUCUUCUUCAACCAUUAUUUCUGGAGUUGGGCAAUCGUGCUCCUUCUUCCAUUUCAUGUUAGGCCGGUUAGCACGACAUAUGUUAACAUCUUGAAUGUUGGUAUUCUCACGUAUCAAGUCUACUACCGUGUUUCUAAUACCAGAACAUCCCUUGCAAAUGAUUUUAAGGUGACGGACGUCUCUCCCAACUUGGCUUUGAUCGACUUUCCUAAUACCCUAGUCAAGAAUCGUGCGGACAACCCUGGAGCGCAUGUCAGGAUCACGAACUAUGGUCUGAACUUUUUCGUCCGCCUCUAUAAACAAAUCAUUCCAAACUAUCAUCCUUACACUUUGGUCUCCUUGCCGCUGGAUCGGUCCCAGAAGCUCAUCGUGCGGAAAGGCACUUUCCAAUGGACUAACGGCGCGAGAUACAAGGUUUGCGGCUCGCUAGAUCCCAAAUUACUCCUCGUGAAAUCCAAAAAUAAUCAAUCCUCUAAGUUUUCCAUUUCCAAGCUCGGUAUUAAUGCGAAAAAGAUGCUCAUUGUUGUUGGAGGAUCAGCAAUAUCAUUUGCCAUUCCGAUAUUGAGGGUGCUGAAUUAUCAUGGUGUUCCUGUUAAGAUAUUAUGGGUUGUUCGUGACUACAGAGAUAUUGCUGUGCUUCGCCACUUUGAGGGUUACAUACAUGGAGAUGAUUUUGAGAUUUUUGUCACUGGAAGUCCCAACGUAAACGAAGAGUUUGAUUUCACAGAAGUUAGAGGAAUGCGAAGCUACGGUACCUUCGGAUUCUUGUCCAAUAAGUCAUCAUUUGCGCCCCUGGAUGCUAACGAAAGAUCACGGUUAAUAUUCUCCGCUGAGGAUGAUGCUGAAAUGAAUCAAGAGCUGGAAAAUGUGGACGUGGAUUUACUGGAUGAGAAUGCCCUGGAAGAAGAGGAAAAUGAGCGUGACUGUACUGUUCUGCUGUUUAGUCCGGCCACUCAAUUUAGUGGCAAUUUUGAAGACAGUAUCGAAUUUGAUGAGGAAGAGGCAAUCGGGCACGAUAUGACAUCAACUAUGUCCAGAAGGUCUAGCAGAUCUCAUUCUAUUAAUGAAAGGUUCAGCAUUGACGCAGAAAAGGGCAAUGAAUCUCAUAAACAGUUUCAUGCUACUGUUAAACGCCUCAACUUGGAUAAUCAUAUCUACAGAGGUCGCCCCAAAUUGAACUACCGUUAUUACAACUGGUGUGUCAACCAGCAUGAUAUUUUUACACAGUGCUCUGGUCCACAGCAGUUAGACGGCGACUCCGGUUUGGUAUGUUGUAGAGACAUCCCUGGGAGGAACAAGAUAGGUCCGGAACAUAAACUUCCUGAUGCCGAAAAAGUGUGGGUGAUUUCUGCUGGUCCUAAAUCACUUGUGAAAAACGUGAAACUCUGGGCGAGCGAAAAUGGCCUCAAAUAUCACGAAGAGGCCUUCUACGUUUAA